AUGGAAUCAGAGACGAACGAUCCUCAGCCCUUGCAGGAGGAAAGAUAUGAUAUGUCAGGUGCACGCCUGGCCCUGACCCUGUGUGUCACCAAAGCCCGGGAGGGUUCUGAGGUGGACAUGGACGCCUUGAAAUACAUGUUCCGUUACCUGAAAUUUGAAAGCAUCAUGAAGAGGGAUCCCACUGCCCAGCAAUUUCUAGAUGAGCUGGAUGACUUUCAGCAGACCAUUGAAAACUGGGAGGAGCCCGUCAGCUGUGCCUUCGUGGUGCUCAUGGCGCACGGAGAGGAAGGCCUCCUCAAGGGAGAAGAUGAUAAGAUGGUCCGACUAGAAGACCUUUUUGAGGUCUUGAACAACAAGAACUGCAAGGCUCUGAGAGGCAAGCCGAAGGUGUACAUCAUCCAGGCCUGCAGAGGAGAGCACAGAGACCCUGGUGAGGAACUGGGUGGAGAUGAGGUUGCUGUGAUCAAGAAGGACAAUCCCCAAACUAUCCCAACCUAUACGGAUACCAUUCACAUCUACUCCACAGUAGAGGGGUUCCUCUCCUACAGACAUGACCAGAAAGGCUCUGGCUUCAUCCAGACCCUGACAGAUGUGUUCAUACACAAAAAAGGAAGCAUCACAGAACUGAUAGAAGAGGUCACCCGACUUAUGGCAAAAACGGAGGUGAUGCAGGAGGGAAAACCAAGGAAAGUGAACCCUGAAGUCCAAAGCACCCUCCGGAAGAAGCUCUAUCUGCAAUAA